UGAAGACGUUGUCAUUUGGUUUUGGAUUUGGAUCUCGUUCACUGUCUUCUUCUCUUCCUUCUCGUCGUUCUUCUUUCUGAGAUCCGUCGCGCAUCGCCGUCGUGUUCCCUUUUGCUCAAAGAAAUCCUAUGGGGAUCCCUGAAGGAAGCUUGACUGCUAAACCCAGUUGGAGGCUGAAGUCAAUAGUUACAGUUGCAUUGACAUUGCUCACUAGUUCACAAGCGAUCCUAAUUGUAUGGUCCAAAAGAGCUGGAAAGUAUGAAUAUAGUGUUACAACUGCAAACUUUUCUGUGGAGGCUCUGAAAUGUGCUUUAUCACUUGCUGCACUUAGCAGGAUUUGGAAAAGUCAAGGUGUUACUGAAGAUAACAGGUUAAGUACAUCUUUCGAUGAAGUUAAGGUUUAUCCUAUUCCUGCAGUACUUUAUCUUGUGAAGAACUUACUGCAGUAUUACAUUUUCGCCUAUGUGGAUGCCCCUGCUUACCAGAUAUUGAAGAAUCUAAAUAUCAUUAGCACUGGAGUGCUAUACCGUAUCAUCCUAAAUAAGAAGUUAAGCGAAAUCCAAUGGGCUGCAUUUGUUCUCCUUUCUGCAGGUUGCACUACAGCACAACUUAACUCUUCCUCUGAUCGUGUCCUUCAAACUCCUUUCCAAGGUUGGAUAAUGGCCAUUAUUAUGGCACUUCUAAGUGGGUUUGCAGGGGUAUACACUGAGGCUAUUAUCAAGAAACGCCCUUCACGAAAUAUCAAUGUGCAGAACUUUUGGUUAUAUGUCUUUGGAAUGUUAUUCAACAUAAUUGCAAUUUUCAUUCAAGACUUUGAUUCGGUUAUGAACAAGGGUUUCUUUCAUGGCUACUCAUUUAUCACCAUUUGUAUGAUUCUUAACCAUGCCCUGAGUGGGAUUGCUGUAUCAAUGGUUAUGAAAUAUGCUGAUAAUAUUGUCAAGGUGUAUUCCACUUCUGUAGCAAUGCUUCUAACAGCAAUUGUGUCGGUGUUUCUAUUUGGUUAUCACCUCUCACUUGCCUUUUUCCUUGGAUCCACUGUUGUUUCUGUUGCAGUUUAUCUUCAUUCCAUCGGAAAGCCGCAAAGAUGAGUUUAUUCUUUCUCAAGCUGUGAACUUGGGUGUGUUAGGACUCAGUCUGUUUCAAGGGCAUGUGCUGUUUUCUGAUGCCAACUCUCAAGUGCUGGUGUUGCAUUGCCAAGAAAGGAUGGAGAUGAAAGUGGUUAUAGAACUUACUACCAAAGACAAUUAUCUUCUUGUAAGAGACCAUUCUGGAAUUAAAUGAAGGCUGCUGACAACCAAGUAGGCUGUUACAUGUAUCAAAAGAGGAUACUAAGGAAGUUUAGGCUCUUGUAGAUAGAUCUAUGUUCAUCUUUACCAGUUAGCUAUUUGUGUCACAGAAGAUGAUAUUUUAAACAUUUGUGGUUUGAAAAUGGCAGUUUAAAUAUGCUGAGAACAAUACUAGCUUUUAAGAGUGCAAAUGGGAAUAAUUUUUUAUUAGUGAA